AUGGAGGUGGAAGGCGAUUUUAGGGUUGAAAACACUAAAUCUCACGACUCUCAUAUGGAGGACGUCGGCGAGAAGGGACGGCCACCAGGGGAACCGCCCGAUAUAUCGGGCACGUGGGCGCAGAAGGUAACGGGGUGUGGGAUGGGAGGGAUGCUGAUUCCAGAGGAAGUAGUCGAUGGGGCGUUUGUGGAGGCAAGGCUUCGAGUGGAGUUCCCGGAUGGGGAUGACGGCGAACCAGUGAUAACAAUCGGAGAGGAAGUGUUGGCGGCUAUGAAUGGUUUAUGGAGAAAUUGUAUGAUCGUGAAAGUGCUUGGGAGGAGUGUGUCGCUAGCGAUGUUGAGUAGGAAGUUAAGGGAGAUGUGA